GGGGCCUGCGGGCGCGCACCAGUGGGGACGAGGGCGGACGGCGGCACAGACGGGAGCGCGCCCGUCGCAAGAUGGCGGCAGCCAUGCUAGGCCUUGGGGCAGUGUGUGCGCAGCGGGCGCUGGUGCGGUCCGGGUGGCAGGCACUGCGACUGCGUUAGCCCGGCUCUCGGUCCCUCUUUGCGGCCGCUACGUCCGCUCUCCUUGCCUCGCCCGAGAUGGAUUUGACCGUGGGCCCCGGCGCUGCGGGGCCCAGCAACGUCCCGGCCUUCCUGACCAAGCUGUGGACUCUCGUGAGUGACCCAGACACCGACGCGCUCAUCUGCUGGAGCCCGAGCGGGAACAGCUUCCACGUGUUCGACCAGGGCCAGUUCGCCAAGGAGGUGCUGCCCAAGUACUUCAAGCACAACAAUAUGGCCAGCUUCGUGCGGCAGCUCAACAUGUACGGCUUCCGGAAAGUGGUCCACAUUGAGCAGGGUGGCCUGGUCAAGCCUGAGAGGGACGACACUGAGUUCCAGCACCCUUGUUUCCUGCGUGGCCAGGAGCAGCUCCUGGAGAAUAUUAAGAGGAAAGUGACCAGUGUGUCCACCCUGAAGAGCGAGGACAUGAAGAUCCGCCAGGACAGCGUCACUAAGCUGCUGACGGACGUGCAGCUGAUGAAGGGCAGGCAAGAGUGCAUGGACUCCAAGCUCCUGGCCAUGAAGCAUGAGAACGAGGCCCUGUGGCGGGAGGUGGCCAGCUUGCGGCAGAAGCACGCCCAACAGCAGAAAGUCGUCAACAAGCUCAUUCAGUUCCUGAUCUCACUGGUGCAGUCAAACCGGAUCCUGGGAGUGAAGAGGAAGAUCCCCCUGAUGUUGAACGACAGCAGCUCGGCACAUUCCGUGCCCAAGUACGGCCGCCAGUACUCCCUGGAGCACGUCCACGGCUCAGGCCCCUACACGGCUCCAUCUCCGGCCUACAGCAGCUCAAGCCUCUACCCCCCAGAAACUGUUGCCAGCUCCGGACCCAUAAUCUCCGACAUCACUGAGCUGGCCCCCACCAGCCCCAUGGCCUCCCCAGGCAGGAGUAUAGACGAGAGGCCCCUGUCCGGCAGCCCCCUGGUGCGUGUCAAGGAGGAGCCCUCCAGCCCGCCUCGGAGCCCUCAGGUGGAGGAGGCGAGUCCCGGACACCCGUCCUCUGUGGACACCCCCUUGUCCCCGACCGCCCUCAUUGACUCCAUCUUGCGGGAGAGCGAGCCCACCCCCGCCUCGGCCACAGCCCUCACAGAUGCCAACACUGGGGGCCACACAGAUGCCAGGGGCCAUUCCCCUUCACCCCUGCCCACCUCCACCCCUGAGAAGUGCCUCAGCGUAGCCUGCCUGGACAAUUUGGCUCGCACUCCACAGAUGUCUGGGGUCGCCCGCCUCUUCCCCUGCCCCUCCUCUUCCUCUCUGCAUGGCCGAGUCCAGCCAGGGAACGAGCUCAGUGAACACUUGGAUGCCAUGGACUCCAACCUGGACAACCUACAGACCAUGCUGACCAGCCAUGGCUUCAGCGUGGACACCAGCGCCCUGCUGGACCUGUUUAGCCCCUCAGUGACCGUGCCCGACAUGAGCUUGCCUGACCUUGACAGCAGCCUGGCCAGUGUGCGUAGAUCCAGGAGCUCCUGUCUCCCCAGGAACCCCCCAGGCCUCUUGAAGCUGAGAACAGCAGCUCUGACUCAGGGAAGCAGCUGGUGCACUACACGGCGCAACCCUUGUUCCUGUUGGACCCCGGCCCUGUGGACACUGGGAAUGGAGACCUGCCGGUGCUCUUUGAGCUCGGAGAAGGCUCCUACUUCUCUGAGGGGGACGACUAUGCAGAUGACCCUACCAUCUCCCUGCUGAUGGGGUCUGAGCCUCCCAAAGCCAAGGACCCCACUGUGUCCUAGAGGCCCCAGGAGGGGGCCAGUCGGCUGUGGCUUGCCCAACCCCCACAUCCCAGUGCGGGGCUGGUCCUGGGGAGGCAAGGCAGGCUUGCAGCCUUCGGGCACCACAGUUCAAAUACCAUAGCCCCAGUGUGGGCAGAAAGAGGGGCUUGGGGCUGGGCAGGGCCUGUGGUCAGGAGCGAGAGUCCCACGGGCCUAUCUGCCUCCUCACAGUCACACUUGGACUGAUCCUGCAGGUUGUUCAUAGUCAGAAUUGUAUUUUCGAUUUUUACACAAGAGCCCUUUCCCCUUCCAUAGAGAUAUAUACACACAGGUGGACAGACGGACGGACGGACGAGACAGGCAGAGAUCUAUAAACACAGGCUCUACACUGUG